AUGUCAAACUCUUCGAUUUGUUGUGCUUUUGAGACCCCUAUUUUAGAUAAAUUACUACCCUCUAUAUUUAUCAUGGAGUUCAUUUUUGGCAUUACGGGGAACAUUCUGGCCCUCGUUAUGUUUGCCUUUGAAGUGGACAGCUGGAAGCCAAACUCCAUCUACCUGGCACAUCUGGCUGUGGCCGACUCAGUGGUGCUCUUCUUCAUGCCAUUCAAAGCCUUCUACUACAUCAAGGGCCAGGACUGGAUCUUCGGAGGCACUUUCUGUAGCAUCAUGCUCUUCCUCCUGGCAGCCAGCAGGGCCUCCAGCAUCUUCUUCCUCACUGCCGUGGCUGUGGACCGCUACCUGAAGAUUGUGCACCCACUACAUCGAAUAAAUCGGAUGAACCUGAAGUACGCCAUGUGGGUCUCUUUAGGCCUAUGGGCAAUGGGUUUACUUAUGACAACUCAGGUGCUGGGCUCGCAAAACAGUUCCAGGGUCGGCAGCCGCAUCCAGUGUGGGAGUUUUAGCAUAUGCUUCAACAGCGAUCCACUUUCAAGCUGGCACAACGCCUUCUAUGUGAUCCAGUUCUGCGUGCCAGGCAGCAUCAUCAUCUUCUGCACAGCCUGCAUUACAUGGCAGCUGAAAACAAAAACGAUGGACACUACAGGCAAGGUCAAGAGGGCCGUCCACUUCAUUUUCAUCGUUGCCAUGGUCUUUUUUGUCUGCUUCUUGCCAAGCACUGCCUCACGGGUCGCUAUUACGUUCCUGAGGAUCUGGUACAAACAGUGUUCAUACUUCAGUGAGGCAAAUCUGAUUUUUUAUUUUUCAGUUUGCUUCACCUAUUUCAAUAGUGCCCUCAACCCUCUGGUUUACUACUUUUCCACUCCUGCAUUCAGUGGGACUGUACAGAAAUUUUUCAGGAGAUUUACAGGGCAAAAAGAAGAGAAGAUGUCAGGGGAAAUGAGUGUGUCUACAGUAACAAGCAGUUAA